AUGCUGGCGUGCACGUCGAGUACGUUCCCCACAACCACCGUGAACUAUCCUCACGAGUCCCUCCCUCACACAUCUGACAUGAUUCUAGAAUCGCUGGUCGAUUUGCAAGCACUCACACCUCUGGUCAUGCCAAUCCACGCUGCCUGGACUAAAUCGUCGACUGGAUCUGGUGCGGAUGAGAACCUAAGGUGAGUACAUUGUGAAAGAGGAUCAGUUUAGAUAGUGUAAUGUAACUCCACGUUACUGAAUCUAGAUGGCUUCAUCUAGGUACCAUAGUUUAUAUCCGAUCUACAUUAAUAUCAGCUACUUUAUAUUGUAUAAAAAUAAAAUUUCAAUUCAAGCUACAAACUCAUAUUAACCUUAUUUUAGUGAAGCUGAAUACCCAUUCCUCGACCGCAAGCCCGAAGUGGACCGUAAGGGUGCCAAGGGCCGGCGUCAUGCCGGUGAGCAGCUUCUUAUGAAGCGGCUAGCCACCCAGGGCUUCCUGAUGAAGUCGGUGCUGGACACCGGAGCUCUCGGUAAGCGACGACGUGCCCGUAUGUUGUCUGAAAUGUCCAACGAUGACAUGGACCCUUCCAUCCACUACUCCAUCAACCGCAAGAACCGCUGGCUCCUGAGUUCGGCGUCGCAACUCAUGAGCGACAAGACCGACAACGACAGUGUUGGCUUCUCGGCCGUUGACACGGUCUUCGGAGCUGACGGCCAACGUGUGUUGGCCGAGCAUCAACUACAACAGAGUGGCGUACACUCGAAGCACUGUAAGAGUGUGAGAGGAAGCCCUCACAAGGUUGAUGGCUCGGGGAAGCCGUUGGAGGUUCGCUACGUUCUUGCCAAGCCUAGUCCAGUCACGAAACUCAUGGCCGGAAGCCUUUUUAACAAAAGUGAGUUGGUUUAAUAUUGUCAUUUCUUCAUAUUUUUGUGUCAUAGAUAGUAUUUAAGCUUAUAGGUAUAAAAAUGUUCUGUUUUCGAAGUUUUUUUACUAAAAUUGUCAGUUUAAAGCAAGGUUUUACAACUUGUACUGCCUUCUGUACUUUGUCUGAAAGAUCACUUUACACUAAAUCAAAGUGGUUCAGUAACUUUUACACUCUUCUUUUUGUUUUGUUUACACUACUGGUUCAGAAGUAACAAACAAACGGUUGAAUUCUGAAAAAGCAAAGAAACAAAUCAAACUAUUGUAAAAGUAAAAGGACAACAUUAACACUGACUUUAAAGUAACAAAACACAGGUAUCAGAGUAACAAAGUAUAGACUUAGAAGUAACAACCUUCACAAUUCCACCAUUUAAGUGACUUAUUGUAGGCAAACCAGCAGUCCGCUCCAAGAAACGAGCACAGAUGGACACCAGCGUGUACAGCACGGACGGGGAGAGGAACGAAGCCGAGGAAGAGUCCAAGCAGCUCUCGGAGGAGGUCAUGAACAUGUACCGACCUCGCCAACGCACCUACAGCUUGGCCGACUUCAUUCAGGAGAAGUCCGCCCCCGUCAUCGUACGGCAUCGACCAGAGAGUGUGAAUGCCGAAGAAACGUUCGAACAGGUAUGUUGUUGUAUGGACUUGUAGUUAUAUCUUGUAUAUCAUGUCUUUAUUUCAAAAUUUUAUUAAAUUCCGUCUAUAAAUUUAAAUUUUGAACUACAAAUUCACAAAAAUGAAAACCUUGUUUGAUAUUCAAAUCACAAAACCAAGGCCUCAUGACUCAAGCAGCAUUUCCGUUUUCGUAUGUUAUCAGCAGUUUAUACUGUGACGUUACUAGAACAGAGUCACGUGGCGACAACCAGCCCAUUUUGAAACAUGGGUAAUCAUUUUGUUUAUCGGGUUCUUUGGUCGCUUCUUAAGGUCCCCUCAUCAGACCGGUUCCCUUUGAACCGUUGACGAAAACAUCGCCAGUCCACCGUCGUUGUUCCCUUAAUAUGUUAUCUUUUAUCAUUACGCAGAUUACCGUAUCGCCUCGAUUGUUUACCAUACUGAGAUCGUAACGACCUGUACCACCUUUAGAUUAAGAUGUUUCAUGUUAUUGUAGAGUAAACUAUACAUUUUACAUUAAAGUAGUCUUGUAGAUGACAUUAUUGAUAAGUAAUGUGAAGUUAUCAAAAGUCACAGCCUUUAUUUACUGUAAAACAACUAAUCCUGUAGGUCUCUCUUUACAUGUGACAUAGCUAAUUAAAAAAACAAUUACGUUGUAAACUGUUAUCAACUGCAGCUGGUUAUUGUAAUGUCUUAUCACCUGCAGACGAAAAUAAACAAUCGGUGAUUGAUUUUUAUCAUUGACAAGAUUAAUCAGAUAACGUGACUGUACUUUCAGGUGGAGAUGCCUGUUACCAACACUGCCCCCACCAACAACACAGACUACAGCGUGAAGGAGACCGACAGUGGCGUCACCUUCUACGUCAACAUCGAAGCCGACCGACUCAAGAUCCAGAACCGAGCCGACUGGCUGGAGAAGGCGGUGGCUGUCGCUAAACGAGGCGAUCUCCUCUUCAAAUGGCUGAACAAAGCUAGGACUGCCUUCCAGGUCGACAUCAGUGCCAGACUGAUGGAAGCAGCUCGAGAACCCAUCAUGGUGCUCACCUUCAGCUACAGACAGAAGGACAACAAGAUCAAGGUCUUCUUCAACGCGAGCAACGACUGCCAGAUCGACCGCCUUCCACUCGAGAUGGCUGCCGUCCCCUACCAAAAAGCCUUGGAAGGCAUCGAGACCUACCUCAACGUCGUCUUCACCUACACCCGCAUCCACAUCGAGCCUCCCACUCACCGACCCAAUGAUGAUGCCUUCUCCACCCAGCUCACCACCCGUACCCUCCCCCUCUCCGGCUACGAGCUGAUGGCCGGCUGGCAAUGCAUCAACACUUUCAUCAACGAGUCGAUGCAGAAUCUGGAGAACGUGAAACAAGAAGAGGACGAUGAGGAGGAUGACUUCGAACAUGUAACCAUGGAUGAGUUCGAGGUGCUGAACGACGAGUACGAAGACUCCAAGUGGUUAGACGAAGACCUGGACGAGCAAGUGGCCGAUCUUCAGACCAUCUGCAACGAAUGUGGCACGGAAGAGUCUUCUGAAAUCAUCACCACCGACUGUGGCCACUCCUUCUGCUUCAGCUGUUUGAAUCGUCUGUUACGAGACAAAUUGGGCAAUGGCUUCCCUUUCUGUCCCGUAGCCCAGUGUAAGGUCGAGUACCCAACCCAGCUCUUGAGCUCCGUCUUCUGUAUCCCCAUCGUGUCCCAUCUUCUGGAGGCCAAGGGUAAAGAAUGUGCCUUAAACUGUCAGAGAAACGCCUUCCAAUGCCCAAUCGGAUGUCCCAUCUCGUUCGGAGAGUUGGAUCCUGCCCACCAACAAGUUCAAUGUGGCAGCUGUUAUAGUCACUGGUGCUCCAGCUGUGAAAGAGAACCUCAUUGGCCAAUGAAUUGUCGCGAAAACCAAGAUUUUCAAAAGAAAUUCAAUGCCCAGAAGGAGCAGGGUGAAGAAUCUCGCAAUUCUCAGAUCCAGAUGCGCUACUAUCACAUGGUAAACGACUGUCGCGAGGCUCGUACCAACAACGAAUGGAAGUUGGCGGCCAAAGAGUUGAGGAAGAAGGUCGGCUACAAGCUGGAGCGACAAUAUCACGAACACAGAAAAACUGUAAGUUAUCAUUCUGGAAAUGAGUUCACGAAAUAAACCGUUUUGAGACAGUUAAGUUAAAUACAGAUUCUAACUUCUUACUCAAUCGUCUUUAACUUCUGAUUCCGUUUCAGAGUUUGCAACUGGUGGAGAACGGCUACGGCUACCUCUACAUGAGCAAGAGCAACAAGUGUGACACGUGGUACGAAGUGAAGAAUGCGUUGAAUGCCAUCUACGCAGAGUACAGUCGCGUAGAGAACACCGUGCUCAAGGCUCCCAAACUCACCGCGGCGCAGGUCGCCGCCGAGAUCCACGGUCUGCGUGGACUAGUCCGCAAGGGGAUCCAAGAACUCGAAAAUACUAAGAAGCGAUGUUAA